AUGUUACUUGAGUCAUACGGUUUUACUUAUGAAACAGAUAAGCAAGCCUUGUUCAAGUUCAAGUCUCAAGUUUCUGAAGACAAAAAAGCUGUCUUGUCCUCUUGGAACAGCUCAUUCCCUCUCUGCAGUUGGACCGGGGUGACAUGUGGCCGCAAACACAAGAGAGUUAUUGGCUUGGAUCUGAGAGAAUUGCAAUUGGGAGGGGUGAUAUCGCCAUCUAUUGGUAAUCUUUCGUUUCUCACAUCACUUGAUCUUACUGAUAACUCUUUUGGUGGAACCAUCCCUCAAGAAGUGGGAAACUUGUUUAGACUUCGAUACUUGUUUGUGGGAUUGAAUUUUCUCAAAGGCAGAAUUCCAGCCAGUUUGUUUAACUGUUCAAGAUUGCUGGCCCUUGAGCUAUAUGUAAAUCAAUUUCAACAGGGAGUUCCACCAGGAAUAUUAGGUUCAUUGACGGAGCUUGUUGUUUUAGAUCUUGGUCGAACCAACCUCAAAGGAAAGAUCCCUGCAUCUCUAGGAAAUUUGACAUCUCUCACAUAUCUUAGCUUUGCAGAAAACAGUUUAGAAGGCAGAAUUCCUUAUGAGCUAGCCAGAUUGACUCAAUUGGUGUCUUUCCAAUUGACAUCAAACAAUUUCUCAGGUGUUUUUCCUCCUGUAGUUUACAAUUUAUCCUCACUGGAGUCUCUGUACAUCUCUAAUAAUAGUUUCUCUGGAAGCUUGAGGCAUGAUUUGGGUAAUUUGCUACCAAACCUUCAGGAGUUUUAUAUGGAAAACAAUUAUUUCAGUGGACCCAUUCCAUCUACACUUCCCAAUAUCUCGUCUCUUCAAAGGUUUGGAAUGGAGCAUAACAGUCUUACAGGUGGUAUUCCUCCGAGCUUUGGAAAAGUACGGAAUUUACAACUGUUAUCACUCCAUAGUAAUUCUUUGGGAAGUCAUUCUUUUCGAGAUCUUGACUUCCUUGGUGCUUUAACUAACUGCACCCAACUGAAUGCUUUAUCUGUGGCUAACAAUAUGCUUGGAGGUGAUUUGCCUACCUCCAUUGCCAAUCUGUCAAGGAACCUCAUCGAUCUGACCUUUGAAAAGAAUUUCAUCUCUGGAAGCAUUCCUCAUGACAUUGGAAUCUCAUAG